AACAUAAUCAAAUUUCUAUAAAUACUGGUUUCGCAAUUCUUCUCGCUGUUUCUUUAAUUUUUUUUAGCUUUCUCUUAAAUUCAAAACCAUAUUUCUUUAAAUUUAUAGGUUCCUGAAUCCGGUUUUGCUUACUGGAUUUUCAACCCUUCGUCGCUUAAAUUUGAUAUUUUGCUUCUGGGUGGUGAGAAAUUGCUUGUACAAGCUUCACCAUUCUCUUUGAUUGAUUAGCAGGCAUGGAUGAGCAAUUCAUUCUUAGAGUUCCACCUUCUGUCGCUGAACGCAUAAAUCGUCUUUUAAGUGAAAACGCUUCAUCUUCCGAGGACAAAUCACUGGAUUUGGAAUUUUCUGAGGAUGGACGGACCGGCACAUUUGUCAUUGGCAAUGAUCGUUUCCCUGCAUCUGUCCUUGAUCUACCUUGUGUUGUUGAGUCAUACAAAACUUACGACGAUAGUGCAUUGGUUAAAACAGCUGAUGUCGGUCAAAUGAUUUUGGUCAGAGAGUCUGGAGAAGCUUCUCCAGAUGUGGUGGAAUACAGACACGGUCUAACUCCUCCAUUGAGGGAUGCUCGGAAGCGAAGAUUUCGAAGGGAGCCAGAUCUAAAUCCAGAGCUCGUACAACGUGUUGAAAAGGAUUUGGUGAACAUCAUGUCUGGAGGAACAGUUGAAAAUCUCGAUGCUGAUGUCAAUGGACAAGGUGAUGCGGGUGAUGAGAACGCUCGUAAUGCGAAUAAGAAAGCUCCGCCUGCAGCUGCUGCAAAGCCUGAAGUUCCCGAUACAGGAGGCAAUGCCGGGGAACCUGAUGGAUCCGAUUCUGAUGACUCUGAUGAUUCAAUGUGACGUCAAGUUGCAUUAAUGGUGUAUGUGAUGACCACCAUGGCAUCGGCUUUUCCGAUAUGCUUUCAAAGAUUGUCGACAGCUUCAGAAAUUCAUCAGGUUUUAAUGAUCGGAGAACCUGUAUAUACGCGGUCGUAAUGUUUUUGCCUCUUCUUUUCAAAAUGUUCACUGGACUUGCUUAUUGAACCGCAAAGAGCUACAGCAUAUGCAAUGUGUACUACUAUUUUUGCUUAAUGGUCCACUGAUACUGUUUUGGGCUCAUUUAUAUUGAUCAAAUUCUACUAUUAGUCCCUGUAUUCCGAGUAAGUUAUAGAUUUGGUCUCUACACUGUAUUUUGAUUUGAUCAAUUUUAAUUUCUAUAUAUUUUAAAUUGACUUUUAAAUUUCAAAA